UAGUAUAUUCUCUGCGUUCCCUUUCUUUUUCGUAUUUAUUUAUAUUUUAAUUAUUUGCUAAGCUUCUUUUCCCCGCAGAACUUUCAUGGCUUCUCGGAUCGCUUAGCCAUCAACGUCAAUCAUUCAAAAAACCUUGCCAAUCCAAAACAAAAAACUUUUUAAAAUCCCGUCGAACCGAAAUGCUUCUCACACCGAUGGCGAGAAGAUCCGCACACAUCCUAAAACAACUGCUGACGAAAUCGGAGUACUGUCCAACUCAAUCGGGCUCUUCAUGCUCCAGACUCACCACCCAAACCCGCCACAUCACGUACAUGCCCCGACCCGGAGACGGCUCGCCACGUGCGGUAACGCUUAUCCCUGGCGACGGAAUUGGCCCCCUGGUAACCGGCGCCGUGGAACAGGUCAUGGAGGCGAUGCAUGCGCCUGUGUACUUCGAGCGCUUCGAGGUUCACGGCGACAUGAACAAGUUUCCGGAGGAGGUCCUGGAUUCGAUUAAGAAGAACAAGGUUUGCUUGAAAGGAGGGUUAGCUACUCCAAUGGGAGGCGGUGUCAGCUCGCUCAAUAUGCAACUCAGGAGAGAGCUUGAUCUCUACGCUUCGCUCGUCAACUGCUUCAAUCUUCCCGGUUUGCCCACCAGGCACGACAACGUCGAUAUUGUCGUUAUCAGGGAAAACACCGAGGGAGAGUAUUCGGGUCUUGAGCAUGAGGUCGUUCCUGGCGUCGUUGAAAGCCUUAAGGUGAUAACAAAGUUCUGUUCAGAGCGUAUUGCUCAAUAUGCAUUUGAGUAUGCUUACCUGAACAACAGGAAAAAAGUGACCGCUGUACACAAAGCAAACAUUAUGAAGCAAGCAGAUGGUCUUUUCUUGGAAUCUUGUCGUGAGGUUGCCACAAAAUAUCCAGGGAUCGCUUACAAUGAAAUUAUUGUGGACAACUGCUGCAUGCAACUUGUUUCAAAGCCUGAGCAAUUCGAUGUCAUGGUGACACCCAAUCUUUAUGGUAAUUUAGUAGCAAAUACAGCAGCUGGUAUUGCUGGUGGCACAGGAGUCAUGCCUGGAGGUAAUGUUGGGGCUGAUUAUGCCGUUUUCGAGCAAGGAGCUUCAGCAGGAAAUGUAGGCAACCAGAAAAUCUUGGAAAAAAAGAAAGCAAACCCAGUGGCUCUGCUUCUCUCAUCUGCCAUGAUGCUAAGACAUCUCCAAUUUCCCUCGUUCGCCGAUCGAUUGGAAACCGCAGUGAAAGAGGUAAUACUAAAGGGUAAGUACAAGACGAAAGACCUUGGAGGACAGAGUACCACCCAAGAGGUUGUUGAUGCAGUCAUAGCUGCUUUAGAUUGAGAUUUUUUUAUUUACUUGGUCCACGUAUAACAAAAUUGUCUAUUUGGCUUGGGAUUUUUUAUUGCCCAUGUUCUUUCAUAUUUGUUCCUACGUUUUUUUUUUUUUUUUUUUUUUUCCGCGGCUAAUUUCAUUUGCUUUCCCUAGCAAUUAAAGAUAUAUAUAUGUAUUUUUUUUUUAAUUUCUAAUAAUCACAAUUCUUAUAGACUGUCAUGUUUAAUCUGGUCUAAUAAUCUCAUUUUUUAUUUAUUUUUUUUACUUAAAACGCAUUAGCAUCUGAAUUUCUAUUAUUUCUUCAUGAUAACAUACAUAUUCUGCAUUCAAACUGGAGUAUUUAUUGCACUUCUUAGCCGAUGAUACAUAGUGGUAAACUUUAACCAGAGCUAAUUAACAAGCUGUUUUUUAUUGCCGGGAGUCUUAGUAAUGAUUAUAUUACCAAUCAAAUUGAUCGAAUUAGGUAUGAAAUAACCUAAUAUGUAAUCGAUCAAAAACCAAAAGGACCAAUUUUCAGUAGUCUAAAUGGUCAAACAUUUGAUAACAGUGUAACUUUUUUUUUUUUUUUUUUUUCUUUUG